AUGACACGUGGCAUAUCUGACUACCCUUCCAUCUACAUGACGAUCAGGGCUAGACCCUUCAACGAGAAGGUGGCCUCUGUGUCUGGUGGUCACCGGCCCGGCCGGCCGCCCUCACUGAGCCACGUUGCGGUAGUGGUGGACCAUGGCUCGGGCUUCACCAAGGCGGGCUUCGCGGGCGAGGGCCAGCCGCGCAUAGUGCUCAAGAGCUCCAGCCUGGUGCCUAGCUGGGACCGGCCCUUGAGGCCGGGCGAGGCGGAUUGCAAGCUGGCGGGCGGCGUGGCUCGCGUACAUCCCAUCAAGCACGGCGUGGUGGUGGACUGGGAAGCGCUGGAGGGGCUGUGGGAGCGCCUGCUGGUGGGGGGCCUGCGGGUGUGCCCGGAGCAGUGGCCCGUGCUGGUGAGCGACUCGCCUUCGGCGCCGCCUGAGGCCCGUGAGAAGGUUACCGAGCUGUUGUUCGAGGCCUUGGCAGUGCCCGCGUGCCACGUGGCCAGCACGGCGCUGCUGGCGCUCUGCUCUGCCGGCGCGCUCAGCGGGCUGGCGGUGGAGGCGGGCGCGGGCGUGUGCCACGCCACGCCUGUCUACGCAGGGCAUUCGUGGCUCAAGGCCACCUUCCGGCUGGACGUGGCAGGCAGCACCCUGUCUCGCUACCUGCGAGAGCUGCUGGUAGCUGCGUGUCCCAACCUCCAACUGCAGGGCCUGCCGCGCAAAACCGUCACACAGCUCAAGAAGCGCUGCUGCUACGUGUCGCUGGACUUCGAGGGUGAUCUUUGCGACCCUGCCCGACACCAUCCGGCCAGUUUCCAAAUGGGCAAUGGGAGCUCUGUGUGCCUAGGCAGCGAGCGCUUCCGCUGCCCGGAACCCAUCUUCCAGCCGCGUCUGCUAGGCCAGGCUGAGCCGGGGCUGCCCACGCUGGCCUUCCAGGCACUGCAGAAGAUGCCCAUGACGCUACGGAAACGGCUGGCCGACACUGUAGUCCUGGCCGGCGGUUCCACGCUUUUCCCUGGCUUUGCUGAGCGCAUGAACCUAGAGCUGGAGGCGCAGUGCUGCCGGCACGGCUACCCGGCCCUACAGCCCCGCCUGGUGGCCAAGUCUGGGCGCGGCACGGCUGUGUGGACUGGAGGCUCCAUGGUGGCCUCCUUGCACUCUUUCCAACGCGGCUGGAUGACCCGGGCCAUGUACCAGGAGUGUGGUUCCAGGCUGGUGCACGAAGUAUUCAACUGACUGGGGGGAAGGGAUGUGGUGUCACCAGGGGACACUACAGAGACAGAGCGCCAAGUUGAACUGCAGUUCUUCAGAGCAAGAGCACCAGAUAAAAGAAUCUCAGAGUCUGGAGUCCUCAAGUGUGGAUGGGCCACCCCCACCCUGAUCCCUUUCUGAAUUAGGACAGGUGGUUUCAGGGUAGGGCCCACAUUUUGACCGGCAGUACAAAUCCCCCGCCCAACCACUGCCAGUUUAGAAAGUGCCAGUCCAAAUGGCACCCCUAAGACCAGGCCCCUAACAGUGCUCCACCACCCAACUACAUUUUUUUUUUUUUUUUCAGUACUAGGGAUUGUGCUGAGCUACAUCCCAGCCCUUUUUUAUUACUAUUUUUUUGGUAGCAGGAAUUAAACUCACAGUCUUGUACUUGCCAGGCAGGCACUGUGUCACUGAGCUAUAUCCCUGGCCCGCCCUCUUUUGUUUUUUGAGACAAGUUCUCACUAAGUUACCUAGGUAGGGCUGAGACUACACAU